AUGGGAUCUGGAACUGGGUUUUACUCAGAUCAACUAGAUCCUAAAUGGGUCGUUGAUCCUCAACAUCUCUUUGUUGGUCCCAAGAUUGGUGAAGGAUCUCAUGCCAAAAUCUAUGAAGGAAAGUAUAAAAACAAAACAGUUGCUAUAAAGAUUAUUAAAAAGGGAGAAUCUCCUGAAGAGAUUGCCAAAAGAGAUAGCAGAUUUGCAAGAGAGGUCUCUAUGUUGUCUAAAGUUCAACACAAGAAUUUGGUCAAGUUCAUUGGAGCUUGCAAAGAACCAAUCAUGGUUAUAGUCACUGAGCUUUUACUCGGUGGUACAUUGCGUAAAUACCUUGUGAGUUUGCGUCCAGGGCGUUUGGACAUACGUUUAGCUGUUGGGUUUGCUCUUGACAUUGCUCGAGCAAUGGAAUGUUUACACUCUCAUGGAAUCAUUCAUCGUGACCUCAAACCAGAGAACUUGAUCUUGACCGCAGAUUACAAGACUGUUAAACUAGCGGAUUUCGGUUUAGCUAGGGAAGAGUCACUAACCGAGAUGAUGACUGCAGAAACUGGUACUUAUCGUUGGAUGGCUCCUGAGCUUUAUAGCACGGUCACAUUGAGGCAAGGUGAGAAAAAACACUAUAACCACAAGGUAGAUGCGUACAGCUUCGCCAUUGUCUUGUGGGAGCUUAUCCACAACAAGUUACCUUUCGAAGGCAUGUCAAAUCUCCAAGCUGCUUACGCUGCUGCAUUCAAGAACGUGAGGCCUAGUGCAGAUGAUUUACCGGAGGAUUUAGCAAUGAUAGUAACAUCUUGCUGGAAAGAAGAUCCAAACGACAGACCAAACUUCACAGAGAUUAUUCAACUUCUCUUACGUUACCUCUCCACAAUCUCAGCACCGGAGCUUGUUCCUCCCUCAAUGAAACGUGUUUUCUCGUCAGAAAACACCGUUCUGCCACCAGAAUCGCCGAGAACUUGCUCACUGAUGGCUGUUAGAGACGGAGAUCAGAUUACUACAGACACAAACUCGCCUGAGAAGGAAGGCAGAGGAAGCUUCUUUUUCUGCUGCUAAUUUUAGAUGAUUGUGAUUGGUUUAUUGGUUAAUAAAAGGGAACUGAGAGGAAGUGGUUUAAAAAAUAUAAUGAAUAAUAAAUGUAUUUAAUUUGGUUAAAGAUUUACAGCUUAGAGUUAUUGUUAUAAA